AAAUAGACUAGUAUUAUUGAUGAUUCUUGAACUUGGACAAGGAAAGAUGCAAUGAUAGUAGUAGCACUAAAAAGGUGAUUUAGUUAUAACCUUUCGACUUUAAGCGGAAGAACCUUUAAACUGUGCUUGUUUUGGUUGUGCGGCAUGGCAGCACCCUUGUUGUGCCUGUUCAUUCAAUGAAGCCAAAGGGACACAACCCACCUAAUGGGGUGACGCUGCUUCUGGAUUUUGAUCACAUGGUUAGGUCCUGAGGCUUCUGCUCUUGCCUUUAAGAAAUUUCAGAGAGAUUCCUGCUUGAUUCAUGGUGAAAGUAUACAGUAUAAAAUACAACUAAAUAUCAAACUCUAAGCUCUUAUGAUCUUAUCCUUUCCAAGUUUUACUAUUAAUUAAAUUUGAUAUUUAGUUGCCGACCAUACGAUGUUCUCCUCGAUUCUGUCGUCCGUCUUACUUUAGCUUAUAUGGACCUAUAAUAGCCAUCCUUUUGAUAUUACGUUUUUGUUUUAUGGUAACUUAUAGCUGUUUUGGAGAAGGAAAAAAACAAAGAAUAUAAAUGCAAAUACAUUGCAAUACCAAUAAGCUACGCCUUGACUUAAAGGGAAUCAAUUGAUUUAAAGGCCGCACUUAUUGAAUUAUCUCCCAUAAUUUUGAUAUAAAUUGGUUGCAAGAGACUGAACCAAACAAGUAAAGAGAGCAAGGAAGAGAAAAAGAGAUGGAGAAGAAAGAAGGUCAUUUUGUGCUAGUUCAUGGAGCCUGCCAUGGAGCUUGGUGUUGGUAUAAAGUGAUAACUCAGCUCAAAUCAAUGGGCCACAAGGUUACAGCAAUGGACUUGGCUGGUGCUGGUAUUCAUCCAAAGGAAGUUCAGGAGGCUCAGUCGUUUCCUGAUUACUUUGAACCAUUGAUGAACUUCAUGGCGUCUGCUCAGCCGGAGGAGAAGGUGAUUCUAGUGGGUCACAGUCUAGGUGGGUAUUCCAUAUCGGCUGCCAUGGAAAGAUUUCCUGAAAAAGUUGCUGUUGCAGUAUUUGCCACUGCUUUCAUGCCCGGUCCAAAUCUCCCUUACCUAACUAUUUCUCAACAGCUCAAUGAAAGGUUGAGUCCUGACAAGACCAUGGACAUCCAGUUUCUGUUCCAGAAUGGACUAGAUAAGCCUCCAACUUCAGCACUCUUCGGACAUAAUUUCUUGGCAUCCAAGUUGUACCAGUUAUCCCCACCUGAGGAUUUAACGCUUGCACUGACUUUAAUCAGACAUGUUGGUGUCUUUAAUGACGAAGAAUCAAUCAAGGCUGUUGCAGUGACCAAGGAGAAAUAUGGAACAGUUCCUCGAGUUUACGUUGUGUGCGGCAAAGAUAAUGUCAUCAAAGAAGACUUCCAACGGUGGAUGAUUGAAAAUAAUCCUUCAGAUGAGGUAAAGUCGAUUUCAGAUUCGGAUCAUAUGGUCAUGUUUUCGAAACCCAACCAACUGUGCACUUGCCUUGAAGAAAUUGCAGAGAAAUAUACUUGAGAGUGCCAUUGACGACUUUGCUCACUACUACGAAUCAAGUUUACUGUUGGUCCUCUUGAUUGAAACAGUUUAAAUAAAAUGAAUAAAUGUCAAAACUUCAGUCUCGGUUCAAUAAGUGAAGAGGUGUGUGGUCCUCAGUCCUACACUAGUUCUUAAUCUUCAUUGGUUUUUAGUCCUACGUUGUGUCUUCACUCUGGAUGUAGGCCCCUCAAUUACUGAGAGGGAUUAACAUUUUCCUAAGCUCUCUCUUUGUUGGAUAAUUGGACAUUCGGCAUUGCAGUAUAUCAUAUUUAUGCAAAUGAUCUCAACUCUUUUUUUUUUUUUCAUUCAACUUGGAAUAUUAUCUUUUAAAAAUAGAAUUCUUUUUUUUCACAUCCUACCAUCACAAUCACAUCAUCAUGAAGGAGAUUGUCUUUUACGUUGUUCUAUCGACUCUUCACUAUUGGUUUGAACAGAAAUGAGAUGUAGAAACUAUGCCAUUAUCUUUAA